AUGGCGUUGUUUCGGAAGCUGUUCUACCGCAAGCCGCCGGACGGGCUCCUCGAGAUCUGCGAGCGAGUUUACGUAUUUGAUAGUUGUUUCACUACUGACACCGUGGCGGACCAAGAUUACAAAGGCUAUGUGGGAGGCAUUAUCACCCAGCUCAAGGAGCAUUAUCCCGAUGCUUCAAUCCUAGCAUUCAAUUUUCGUGAGGGAGAGGUUCAGAGCCAGAUUGCGAAUGCAUUGUCAGAUUAUGAUAUGACAAUAAUGGAGUACCCUCGGCAGUAUGAAGGCUGCCCAUUGCUGCCAAUGGAGGUGAUCCACCAUUUUCUAAGAUCUAGUGAAAGCUGGCUUUCGCUUGGACUACAAAAUCUUCUUCUCAUGCAUUGUGAACAUGGUGGUUGGGCAGUUUUGGCUUUCAUGUUGGCUGCAUUGUUGAUCUAUCGAAAGCAUUACAGUGGGGAGCUUAAGACCUUGGACAUGGUGUACAGGCAAGCUCCUCGUGAGCUUUUGCACUUACUGUACCCCGUGAAUCCCAUGCCAUCACAAUUAAGAUACUUGCAGUAUGUAUCGAGAAGGAAUGUCGCCACAGAGUGGCCCCCAUUAGACAGGGAUCUCACAAUGGAUUGUGUCAUUAUUAGAACAAUCCCAAACUUCGAUGGAGAAGGUGGAUGCAGGCCAAUUUUUCGUAUCUAUGGGCAAGAUCCUCGCCAAGUGUCUGACCGUACACCUAAGGUUCUAUUUUCAACUCCAAAGAAGAGUAGAACUGUUCGACAUUACAAGCAGGCAGAAUGUGAAUUGGUAAAGAUUGAUAUUGAUUGCCACAUUCAAGGUGAUGUUGUACUGGAAUGUAUCUGCUUGCUUGGCGACAAAGAUCGGGAAGUCAUGAUGUUCCGCGCCAUGUUUAACACAGCUUUUAUCAGGUCAAAUAUUUUGAUGCUCAAUCGAGAUGAAAUUGACAUAUCAUGGGAUGCGAAGGAUCUAUUUCCCAAGGAAUUCAGGGCAGAGGUUCUUUUCUCGGAGAUGGAUUCUGUUUCCUCUGUUACCCCUGUGGACUCUUCCUGCUUCGAAGAGAAAGAUGGCCUCCCUGUUGAGGCAUUUGCUAAAGUUCAAGAAUUUUUUAAUAGUGUGGAUUGGUUAGUCCCAAAGGGCGAUGCCACUGUUGAAGUUCUCCAACAGAUAUCUGUUGAAGCUUAUUCUCAAACUGAAACAUAUCAGGUGAACCAGAGCCUUGCUGCACUAGGUGUUACAACUGUUGCUAAGAGCACACCAGGUUUGCCUUUAGAGAACCGUUCUAAUUUCUUGCCGGAAAUGUCUGGGAGUACAGAUAUGGACAGAAAGCAGGAUGAUCCCCACUCCCAAAAUGUGACUAUCCCAUCUCCAAAGCCAAGCCUUAUUCCUCCUGUAGAUCUUUCUUCACUCCCAUCAUCUUUGCUACCUCAUCAACUUUCAAUUUCACAGUCCAACUCCAUUGCUCAACAAAGUAAAGCUGACACAUCACAUUCUAGAAUUUCUCCCUCAACUCCCGCACUUCCUCCAGCAAAAAUUGCUGAUGUUGGCAACAGACAACAUCCAUCUACACUGGAGGCAACCUCUCUUGCUCCCCCUUUGGGAGAUAGAGUCAGUGCUCAGACUGGAGUUUCUGCUCAGCCGCUUCUAGCUCCAGAGGUUCCCAGUGUUUCAACUACCCCUCUGAAAGAAGACUCUGCAAGUGGCUCUCCUAGAAUAUCCCAUAACAAAUUCGUGAGGGUUAGGCUAUCUCAACUCGACUCCCCUCAUUCAACUGAAGAUGCUGUUGGAGGCACCAAAGUUGCCACUUCCCCACCGCCUCCUCCCCCUCCACCACUAUCUCCACAUACUACUCAGUCACCGGUUCUAAAUGUUAUUGAAGGUCCUGGGCGCCAAUCACCCCCUCACAUUUCCUCUCUCGAAACAGACAUCACUCGUAAAACUGUGCCUUAUCCUCCCCCGCCUCCUACCCCACCUUAUGCAACUCGGAUUCAGGAAAUUUCAAGUGAUUCAUCUGCUCCUAUUCCGGUUGGACCUGUCGUUCUGCCAGCCUCUCAUUUGAACAAGAACUUAGAUUCUGAAGUUCAGCCUUCGCCUCCUGCUACAUUUGACACACGCUUGUCAGAAAGUUCGGGUAAGAGACCUUCACCUCCUCCUCCGCCUGUGCCUCGACCUCCUUUUGAACCUCCUAAUGAACCUUCAUCUGUUAGAGGUACGCCUCCAUCUAUAAUACCUCCAUCACCUCAUUUGGAGAAGCACUCGGCUUCUGGAGUUAUACCUCCACCUCCUUUGACCCCACCUUUGAAGGAUAAUUCCGUCCCCAGACCUGCACCACCUGCACCUCCACCUCCACCACCUCCUCCUACAAGGCCAACUAAGGAGAUACCUAGUGGAACUGAGUCCCCUCUUGCUCCAACUCCUCCACUUUGUGGGCCUCCUCUUCCUCCUCCUCCUCCACCUCCACAUUCUAGCCAGAGUGCAGGACCUACAAAUUCAGUAAUUUUACCUUCACCACCUCCGCCUCCUAACCCUGGCCUCAGCACGAGUGGUCCUCCAUCUGUUCCUUUUGCUCCUCCGCCUCCACUCCUUUCCCCCAGAGAGCCAGUUAGUUUGUCAAAUUCUGUUCCGUCUAGCAGCAACAAAGGUACUAGUAUGCCUGGAUCUCCAUCUCCUCCACCGCCUUCAACUCCUCCACUUGGAGCCGCAGGGAAAAGUUUAUUGUCUCGUACUCAGACUUCACGGAGUCAAUCGAAGAAACUGAAGCCGUUACAUUGGUUAAAACUAUCAAGAGCAGUUUCUGGCAGCUUGUGGGCAGAGACACAGAAAUCUGAAGCUUCUAGGGCACCGGAGAUUGAUAUUUCAGAACUUGAAUCUCUAUUCUCUGCUGCUGUUCCAAAUGCAGAUCAAGGGGGUUCAGGCAGAAAAACUGGUACACUAGGCUCAGUUGGGAAACCUGAAAAAGUGCAACUGAUAGAACACAGGCGUGCAUACAAUUGUGAAAUCAUGCUUUCAAAAGUAAAGAUACCCUUGCAUGACAUGUUGAGUUCAGUCCUUGCUUUGGAAGACACUGCAUUAGAUGUUGAUCAAGUUGACAACCUUAUCAAGUUUUGUCCUACAAAAGAGGAGAUGGACCUUCUUAAGGGUUAUAAAGGAGAGAGAGAUAAGUUAGGAAAGUGUGAACAGUUUUUUCUGGAGUUGAUGCAAGUGCCACGGAUAGAAUAUAAGUUGAGGGUUUUUUCAUUUAAGAUUCAGUUUCACUCCCAGGUUUCUGACCUCAGAAAGAGCCUGAAUGUUGUCAAUUCUGCUGCAGAUCAGAUCAGGGGUUCUGCAAAAUUGAAAAGAAUUAUGCAAACAAUUCUUUCUCUGGGUAAUGCUUUGAAUCAGGGAACUGCAAGAGGCUCUGCCAUUGGGUUCAGGUUGGAUAGUCUCCUCAAACUUACCGAAACUCGUGCCCGCAACAACAAGAUGACACUGAUGCAUUAUCUUUGCAAGGUGCUUUCAGAUAAAUUGCCCGAGCUUCUUGAUUUUUGGAAUGAUCUGUCUAGCUUGGAACCUGCAUCAAAGAUUCAACUGAAAUAUUUGGCUGAGGAAAUGCAAGCGAUUAAUAAAGGGCUUGAAAAGGUCAUGCAGGAGCUAUCCAUGUCUGAAAGUGAUGGACCUGUGUCAGACCAUUUCCGCAAGGCUUUGAAAGAAUUCCUUUGUUUUUCCGAAGGUGAAGUGAGGUGCUUGGCUUCACUUUAUGCUGGAGUGGGACGAAAUGUGGACUCACUUAUCCUUUAUUUUGGUGAGGACCCAGCUCGCUGUCCGUUCGAGCAAGUCAUCUCGACUUUGUUCAACUUUGUGAGAAUGUUCAAGAAAGCCCAAGAAGAGAACUGCAAGCAGCUGGAGUUUGAGAGGAAGAAGGCGGAGAAGGAAGCUUCAGAAAAGAUGAAGAUGAAUGCUGCAGAUGCUGGACACUUGUUGCAAGUCAAAAGUGUCAAAUAA